UUGUCGCUGCUGAGGGCUGCUGAAGCCUCUCUUUCUCCCUAACAGUUCACAUUCCUACUCCAUUUUCAGCUAAUUUUGCUUCUCCAACCACGAAAGGAUGAAUUAGUGACUGGAAAAAAAAACUGGAUUAUUUUUGGGGUUUCUCCUGGUGCUUGAGGAGGCAUCAUCUGUUUUUUUACUCGGUGUCAUCUUUGUUCUUUUGCUCCCAGCUGCUGAGUGUACAGUGGCUGCUAGUGGGGAAAUAGGUUAGUGUGUCUGCUGGGUGCCAGGCAGCAGAGGUGAUUGAAUGUUUUGUGCACGGACGAGACGAAAGAGGAGGGGGAUGCCUUCCCGGCGGUAGCGUUUUUUUGUAGCCCUGUGACCAUUCAGGGAGAAGGAUGCUCUCACCGAACUCUCACCUUUAGUGGAAGUAACUGUGACGGAAUCGAGGGAGACGAAGCAAUAAAAAGACACAGGACUGACACAACUGUCACAGACAUUUCUUUUCAUUGUUUUUGAAGUCGUGGAGCGGGGCUGACCGGUGUGUCUGCUGCUGUGUGUGUGUGUGUGGACACCAUGGACAUCAACCUUCAGUCUCACAGAUUUUACUUCCCCCAGAUCUACUGUGCUGAACCGGGGGCUCAGCCGCAGCUCGCUGAGUUCACAGUCAGUGAGCAGAGUAUCUGCCAGGCGCGGGCCUCUGUCAUGGUCUACGAUGACACCAGUAAGAAGUGGGUCCCCAUAAAGCCUGGACAGCAGGGAUUCAGCCGCAUCAACAUCUACCACAACACUGCCAACAACACGUUCAGAGUGGUGGGCGUCAAGCUGCAGGACCAGCAGGUGGUAAUCAACUACUCCAUAGUUAAGGGGCUCAAGUACAACCAAGCCACCCCGACCUUCCACCAGUGGCGCGAUGCCAGACAGGUGUACGGCCUCAAUUUCGCCAGCAAAGAGGAGGCCACCACCUUCUCCAACGCCAUGCUCUUUGCCCUCAACGUCCUCAGUGCUCAGGAUGGAGGUCCAGCUGUCCAGCGCCAAGUCCAGAAUGGGCCGACUUCAGAUGAGAUGGAAGUUCAGAGAGCGAGGCAGAUGAUGGAGCAGCAGCAGCAGAUUCAGGCGCACUUGGAGCGGGAGCGACGGACCUCCAACUCAGGUUCUCCUUUCCAAGGCCACCCUGCUGUGCUCUCUGUGGCCCCACCAGUAGUACCUCCCCCAAUGAACAUGGGCGGCCCUCCUCCCCCUCCGCCACCGCCGGGACCCCCACCACCCUCAGCGGGGGCACCCCAGCCUCCCCUCCCACCGCCACUACCCAUGGGCGAUGGGGGUUACGGUGAUGAGUCGCCUGGGCAGACAGGACUCGCCGCGAUGAUCGCUGGAGCCAAACUGCGCCGGGUUCAAAGACCCGAGGACAGCUCCUCAAGCGCCAAAAACGAUGCCAACAGAACGAGUGGAGGCAGCGGAGGACUGAUGGAGGAGAUGAACGCUCUGUUGGCACGAAGAAGGAAAGCAGCCUCAGAGAAGCCGGAGGACAGCCAAAACGAUGAUCCAAAUUGUCCGUCACCCAGCACCCGGGGUGGACAGAACGCCACAGAUGGUGCAAAAAAGCCGUGGGACCGAGCCAACUCUGCAGACAGGUCCAUGGUCUCAAGGGUACGGCCCGUGGGGAGUGGCAGUGACACAGACGCAGACCUCGAUAGAAUGAAACAGGAAAUCUUGGAAGAGGUGUUCCGUGAAUUGCACAAAGUAAAGGAGGAAAUCAUCGAUGCCAUUAGACAUGAACUCAGUCGAAUUAGUACGACAUAAUGUCUUGGAGCUGCUCCCCGACAUGAACCACCUUUUCGAACCCUUGCCCCUGCAACAGCUGCUGUGGCCCUGAGGAGGAGGAGGAGGAGAAGAAGUCAGGGACGAAGGCCCAAACUGUGACAUCCACUCACCCUGUUCAGCUGUGGUGUUGAAGCAAUGCAGUGACGUUGAGCUAACACCUCAGGCGUGUCUAUGUAACAUUUGGUUUGUGUGUUUGGAGACAAAGAUGUGAAUGGGGCACACUCUCGCACUGAUUCCUCUGAUUUAUAAACAUUUUCUGUCCCUCUGUCAGCCCAUCUCCGCCCCUCUGUCCUCGGCCCAAAGGAAAUAUAAUAAAAUGUAUAUGAUUUUAUUUGUCUUCUGUUCGUUUUUCACAGGUUUGUUUUAAACUUUUUUUUAUUAUUACUAUCAUUUUCAUUAUUAUUGCUAUCAUUUAUAUGAUUGUCUAUGUCAUGUUAAUAUGAGUAGUAGUAGAUUAGUGAGUACAAUGGUAACAAUGAGGAAAUGAUAAUGAGAAUAUGAUAGUAACAAUAAUGUUGAUAAUUAUCAUUGCACAUCAUAUUACGUCGUCCUUUUGUAUUUUAUAUUGGUUCUUUUCAUUUGUUCUUAAAUACACUUGCGAUCACAUCCAAAAAAUGUAUUUCUUAUCAUUAUUCCCAGAACAUUUAAAAAUAAUGUUUUUUAUCCUUUUGGCCAACACAGCUAUGUAUGGCAAAAAAAACAGUCUCAGACCUGAAACCAAGGGUGGGAUAAACUUCUUUGGAUAUUGCAAUCGUAUAAAAAAUGAAAUAAUAAACCAGAGUAUUUGUGAUCAUGUUGUUAAUAAAAUGUUUAUUGGCUGCAA